CGGCCCCGGCCUCUCUCGGCGGCCAUGGGGGCGUCUGCGCGGCUAGUGCGCGCAGCUAUCAUGGGGGCGCCGGGCUCCGGCAAGGGCACCGUGUCCUCGCGCAUCACCAAACACUUCGAGCUGAAGCACCUCUCCAGCGGGGACCUGCUCCGAGACAAUAUGCUUCGGGGCACAGAAAUUGGUGUGUUAGCCAAGACUUUCAUUGACCAAGGGAAGCUCAUCCCAGACGAUGUCAUGACUCGGUUGGUCCUUCAUGAGCUGAAAAAUCUCACCCAGUAUAGCUGGCUGUUGGAUGGUUUUCCAAGGACACUUCCACAGGCAGAAGCCCUGGAUAGAGCUUAUCAGAUAGACACAGUGAUUAAUCUGAACGUGCCCUUUGAGGUCAUCAAGCAACGCGUCACUGCUCGCUGGAUCCAUCCAGGCAGCGGCCGUGUCUACAACAUCGAAUUCAACCCUCCCAAAACCAUGGGCAUUGAUGAUCUGACUGGGGAGCCUCUCGUUCAGCGUGAGGAUGAUAGACCAGAGACGGUGGUCAAGAGACUGAAGGCUUACGAAGCCCAAACAGAGCCCGUCCUGGAAUACUACCGGAAAAAAGGGGUGUUGGAAACAUUCUCCGGAACAGAAACCAACAAGAUCUGGCCAUAUGUAUAUGCUUUCCUACAAACAAAAGUUCCACAAAUAAACCAGAAAGCAUCAGUUACUCCUUGAGGAAAAGUGCGUAUAACUAGUAAGACAAGCAGAAGCUCCUUGUCUGUGCAUUUAGAAGUUCAUUGUCCUAAGACUCUGGCAUGUAUAAAUUCUUUGAAAAUUGUGUUUUAUUUCUGCUGAUUUUAUUCUGGAAAUUAAGAAUGUGCCAAAUGAGUCAGAUGUGAAGAUUCAUCUUUUGAAAUGUCUAUUGUGUUUUACCCAGUUAUCUUCUAUGGAUGCACAAUUUAAAAACAUCAGAGAUAUCUAACUAAACUUUUGAAAAUUACUGAGCAUAAUUAAAAGAGCAGUUGGUAAUAAUCUAAGUUUUGUUCUGAAGAGGAGUGGUUGAUAGUUUCCUUAUUUUUCUUGAAAAGUAAAAAAAAAAAAAAAUUCCAUGUCACUUGUGCAAAGUGUCUUGUAAGAGGCUUUUGUGUAAACUGAUGCUAAAAAAGAGAUCUCUAGUACUGUGGUACACAGUUUUGUGGGACACUGUCUACAGAAUUCCAGAAAAAAAGCAACGGGAUUUACAGACUAGUUGCAGAAUGCAAAUUCACUGCUGCUUUUUAUUGACCUAAAACAAAUAGACUGGCAGAUAUUUCUCCAGCAACAUGCGUUUAUUUGAGAUCAGCAGAUAAUUGCAGUUUGGGGUCUGCAACCACGGUGAGCCAUGUGCAAGUCCUCCUCACAGCAAGGGAAGGAGAAUGCUUUUAUAGAGGGAAAAGGAAGUUGGGAGGGCUAUAGUAAAUGAAGAGUCCGUGGCUUUUCAUUGGCUGAGUCCUUGCCAGGAAAGGAGAGUCUGUCUUCUUCUGUUGGGCUCUAGUAUCUUCACAAGUCAUGAGAGCUCCCCCUUCCGGUCUCCUGACUCUAAUUGAGGUGUCUAUUAUUUUUUUACACUUUACACUAGGAAACUUAUAGUAGCCAUAUAUGCUAUAUUUUGUUGUUAAACAUACUUUCAGUUUACUCCAGAUUUUCAAUUUGCUAUAAAAAUGUAUUGAUUAGCAGCAUACAGGAAAAUAUUUUUCUAUGACUUAUUUUCUUUUGAAAAUAGUUGUGUACUGAGGGAUAUGAUUUGUUAGAAAUUGACAUCUUAAGUUCUUGCAAAAGCACCAAAGUUGAAUUUUCAAUAGAAUAUGUAAACUCAUGUUUUCAGGUGUUACUCAGGUUAAGAAAUGUGUGCUUUAGGAUCUACUUGCCAGUUUCUCUUUUUGAUCCACAUGUAUGAUCUCCCUUGAUGAGUAACAAAUAAAGAGAGAGAAAGAAAGAAAGAGAAAGCGAGAGAGACAGAAAGAAAGAAGCAUAAGAGAAAACCCAUGGCACUACGUAAAAUAAGCAUACUUUUUCAUUAGGAAAUCAAUCAUGUUUGCCUGGGGAAAAUUCCCUUGACAUAAAUAACAAUCAUAAUGAGUAAAGGUGUAGCAAUUAAAAGGAUUUACAUGACAUGUUAAAAAAAAAAAAAACAGGAAACUGAUUUUGCUUGGAAGAGUUCUUUAUUCCUAAUCAAAGAAGUUGACACCUGCUAGUGUUAACUGCUGUCCUACCUUAAUGGGGAAGAAUUCUGCCGGUGAAUGUAAUCUGAGCAGCCAUUUUUAAAUGAAAAUGAUUUGAUUCCUUAGUGGGGCACCGGGAUGCGUGCUUAAACGGUGGCCUGGUAGGAAGAGCAGGGCAAUGAGAGGUGAAGGAGAAAUCCGACGAUAUCUUCAAUCUCUUACUUGGUGCUAGAUGAAAUGAAACAAGUCAUCAUAUAAGCAAUUAUUAACUGCCUUUGAAAAUUUGGCCCAUUUUAUUCUAGGCAUUGAAAAUACAAAUGCCAGCAAGCGAUUCUUACAUAUCUUGUGGGGAAAAAAAACCUUACUCUUCUUAGAUUUUUAAAAAUUCAAUAUUGAUCUUUCAAAAAUGUACCAAGGCUUUAAAAAAGUAUGAUGGUAAAUAUUUCAUCCUUCACAAAACUUCCUUUAAUUCCUUAUUUGAAUGUUAAUAUUAUGUGCAUUCUAAAAAUGUUGGAAACUACUAAACUUAUGAAUUAUCAAACAUACAUUAAUAUCAGUGUAUUAGAAUUAAAUGAAAAUUUAGAACUGUG